CCCAAAACUAAAACUUCUCAAAGAUCUCACUUUUGCACAGCUCCAGUGUUGAAGAAGAUGAUAAUGGAGGAGCAGUGGAAAGUGGUUCAUUUACUUGGGAUGUUGGUUUUGGUAUUUGCACAACAAUGGAAACUAGUGGAAAGCAAUGCCCAAGGUUCAGUUUCAUGUGGGUUUCUAGCAAUGUAUAACUUUGGGGACUCAAAUUCCGACACUGGUGGGAUCUCUGCUACUUUAAAUGAAAUCCUUCCGCCCAACGGUGAAACCUUCUUUGGACAUCCCGCCGGCAGGGCCUCCGAUGGUCGACUCAUCGUGGAUUUCAUAGCUGAGAGUCUGAAGUUACCAUACCUUAGUGCAUAUCUGGACUCAAUUGGGACAAAUUUCAGGCAUGGUGCCAAUUUUACGACGGGUGGCUCAUCUGUUAGACCACCUGGGUUUAGUCCAUUCAAUCUCGGGAUUCAGAUUUCACAGUUCAUUCAAUUCAAAUCUCGCACCACCGGUCUCUAUAAUCAACUUAGCCUUAAUAGAAGAAUCCCUUUAUCCAUUAGCAAUAUUCCAAGGCCAGCCGAAUUCUCACAAGCUUUAUACACAUUUGAUAUUGGCCAAAAUGAUCUGGGUCAUGGUUUCGAAACCAUGUCAGAGAAACAAGUGCUGGAUUCAAUUCCCCAUAUUAUAAGCGAGUUAGCCAAAGCUAUUCAUCAACUGUACAAGGAAGGUGCAAGGUUCUUUUGGAUACAUAAUACGGGUCCCCUCGGCUGCUUGCCGUACAAUGUUAUAUAUGGCAAAAAGGCAGGAAAUCUCGAUAAUAAUGGAUGCGUUAAGUCCCAAAAUGAGGCAGCCAUGGAGUUCAAUAGGCAGCUUAAAGACAAGAUCUCCUGGUUAAGAACUCAACUUCCUUUUGCCAAAUUAACUUAUGUUGACGUUUACUCGGCCAAAUAUGCUCUCAUCAGCAACGCCAAGAACCUAGGUUUUGUCGAUCCGUUUAUUUUUUGUUGUGGAAGCUUUUAUGGAUACCACAUAAAUUGUGGGAAAAAGGCGAUAGUGAAUGGCACAGUUUAUGGAAACCCCUGCGAGAACCCAUCAAAGCACGUUAGUUGGGAUGGCAUACAUUACUCUCAGGCAGCCAAUAUGUGGGUUUCCGAUCGGAUUCUCAAUGGCUCCUUCUCCGAUCCACCUGUUUCGAUUCAAGAUGCUUGUCAUCAUCAGAUAAGUACGUGAUAUCAACAAUCACGGUGAGUUAUUGGGUUUUAAGAAUGGUUACGUGAAGUAGUUUGAUU